AGGUUUGCAGGAGUGGCUUAAUGGCCGUGAAAGCAGCAGCAGAGUCGCGUUUGACAUCUCUAGCCCGACACAAGCUAAUGUUCAGCAUGUCUGAGAAGGAGCUGGGGAAAAAAUGGGACAGAUGCCUGGCAGACGGUGCCAUUAAACUCGGUACUGGUCUGGGGUUAGGAAUCGUGUUUUCUGUUCUGUUCUUUAAACGGCACACAUGGCCAAUUUCAUUCGGCUCUGGAGCGGGACUUGGCAUGGCAUAUGCCAACUGUCAAAAUGACCUAAGGUCACAUUAUCUGCUGCACAGAGGCGAAAAGGAGCAAUAGCUGCAAGUCAUCGAGGGACUGUCUUUUAUAUAUAUAUAUUUUUUUCUUUUGUUAAUUUGUUCUUUUUGUUUUGCCUGUGGGAGAGUCACCAUUUGCACUGUUUUACAGUUAGAUUCAUGUCUCCCUGCUGAACAAUCCAUCCCUAAUAUGACUAUGUAUGUGUAUGUGCCUGAUCAGGACAGUCUGUGUUUAUUUAAUAAAAUGAUCAUAACAACAAAAA